CGCUAGGUUCACGCUGCUCCAUCAACAAGACAUCAUAACAACAGCGUUAAUUUGACAACUAACGUUAACUUUAUACGUGGUUGCGGUGGGCUUGUCUUAUCAUGAAAGCGUUGCAGAUCCAGAUACAUCAUUCCCAUUGUAGUUGAUGAUCUGCAGCUGGUCCAGACAUGGCAGACAGUGUGAGGACCUUCCUGCGCAAUGUUGCAAUGGGGGUAAAGGACUCCAUUGUAGGGAUUGGGACAAUCUCCAAACUUGAUGCCCGCAUACAGCAAAAAAGGGAAGAGCAGAGGCGGAGACGAACAAGUGGAGCUCUGGCACAACGGAGAGCACAAAUGAAUGAGCGCAGGCCAGAGAGUGAACCAAAAUUAGCCAGCAGAAUCUUUCAGUGUUGUGCAUGGAAUGGAGGAGUAUUUUGGCUCAGUAUGUUACUCUUCUACCGAGUGUUUAUUCCACUCUUACAGACUGUAACAGCCAAAGUCAUAGGUGACCCAUCCCUUCAUGGAAAUGUGUGGUCUUGGCUGGAGUUCAUUUUGACCUCUGUAUUUAGUGCUCUCUGGGUGCUUCCUCUUUUUGUGCUCAGCAAAAUUGUUAAUGCCAUUUGGUUUCAGGAUAUAGCUGAUCUUGCUUUUGAAGUUUCUGGACGAAAGGCCCAGCCCUUUCCCAGUGUUAGUAAGAUUGUUGCAGACAUGCUCUUCAAUCUCAUCCUCCAGGCCCUCUUCCUUAUUCAAGGCAUGAUUGUCAGUCUCUUUCCUAUUGACGCGAUUGGACAGAUGGUUAGUCUCCUACACAUGUCUCUGCUUUACUCUCUGUACUGCUUUGAAUACCGCUGGUUCAACCAUGGUAUUGAAAUGCAUCAACGGCUGUCAAACAUUGAGAGAAAUUGGCCUUAUUACUUUGGCUUUGGUCUACCUAUGGCUCUGCUGACUGCUCUUCCAUCCUCAUAUAUAAUAAGUGGCUGUCUGUUCUCCAUCCUGUUUCCCCUCUUCAUCAUCAGCGCUAAUGAAGCCAAGACUCCAGUAAAGUUAUACCAUUUUCAGCUGCGCCUUUUCUCCCUUGUUGUGCUCAUCAGCAACAAGCUGUUUCACAAAACAGUUCAUCUACAGUCCUCUCUAACAUCCUCUACCUCUAAUGAGAAACUGCCUUCCCCUCACAUGUCACCAGUUCUUCAGUAACCAAUGCCUUCUCAGUGACAUCCAGGAGUGAGAAUAUUGACAGCACAAUCUGUUUCUAAGGCAAUGAAGUAUUUAUAUGGGGGAGCCAGAAAGAAGUAUUCUUUUUGCUAUCGUUUGGGAUUACACAUGUUUAAGCCCUUCAACCGUCUGUAUACCCUAAAAAAGGGAUUAAGCAAAUGUUAAUGAAAAAUGUUAACAUGUUUAACACUUAAUCUCACAGUCCCUGUGUUUGUGUGCCAUCUGAAUAGGUUUGGGUUUUUAAGAACAGCAUGGCCCAUAUUUCAAAUUUUUGUGUUGUCCCCAAAUUACUGUUUGUUAAUUUAACCUGUGGCCUUUUGAUUAAAAUAUAAUACUUUC